AUGUCAUCAUUUUUGACAGGUUGUUCUCGGAUUUUGAGGACCACGAUACGAUUCUUUUUAUAUUUUAGCCGGGCGGGCAGUUUCAGUUUAGAAAAAAAUGGCUCAAAACGAGGAAGAAACUAUAGCUGCUUUUAAAACUCUGGGCUUAAGUGAUCAAAAAGCAAAAGAGACCCUUAAAAAUACAUCAGUUACCAAAACUUUACUUACGGUUUUAAACGAGGUACGAGGGGUAAAAUUAUCGGAAGGACAAGGAGUCCUUUUGUACCACCUUGCCACCAAAAUAAAACCUCAAAUAGAUCAUCAUCUUCCAUUAUUAGUUAAGUAUAUAGCAACGAAUAAAUUAGAUUCGACUUUACGGGUUGAUAAAGCUAUAGAGUUUGCUUUGUCUCAUAUAAAAAAUAUAAGUACUAAUGAACUGGAAAAAUUCUGUGGUGUCGGUAUAGUUGUUUCGCCAGAAGAAAUAGAGAAAGUAGUAGAAAAAUUAAUAGCAGAAAAUAAAGUUGAUUUAUUGGAGAAAAGGUAUAGAUUCAAUACUGGACCUCUCAUGCAAAAAGUAAGAGCAGAAUUACCAUGGGCUGAUGGGAAAGCUAUUAAAAGCGAAAUAGAUAUUCAGGUUUUCGAUCUGUUAGGACCAAAAACUGAAGAAGAUUUAGCGCCAGUAACUAAGACGGAUAAGAAAACUACAAAAACAGCAAAAAGUGAUAAUAAAGUAAAAGGUGAUAUCAAGAAAACUGAACAAUCAGGAGAUGUUCCGACUCAGGGUUUGACGAUACUUGAGGUCAUGAAAAAAGUAAACUUCCAUGCUCCGGGGGAGAACUAUAAGACGGAUGGAUAUGUUGUAACGGAACAUACUCGCAAGUUACUUCAGGAGCAUUUAAGAGCUACUGGGGGAAAGGUAAGAACAAGAUUUCCUCCGGAACCGAACGGAAUUUUGCACAUUGGUCACGCAAAGGCUAUUAAUAUAAAUUUUGGUUAUGCUGCGGCUAAUGGCGGGAUCUGUUUCCUAAGAUAUGAUGAUACUAAUCCGGAAAAAGAAGAGGAAAAAUUUUUCACUGGCAUUAAAGAUAUGGUUACGUGGUUAGGAUAUGUUCCUUAUAAGAUCACGCAUUCUUCCGAUUACUUUGACCAGUUGUACGAGUGGGCGGUGGAGUUGAUAAAAAAGGGUUUGGCGUAUGUUUGCCACCAAACGGCAGAUGAAAUGAAGGGCUUCAAUCCGCAGCCGUCACCCUGGCGGGAUCGUCCAGUAGCCGAGAAUCUACAACUGUUUGAGGAUAUGAAAAACGGCAAAAUUGACGAAGGCGCCGCAACGUUGAGGAUGAAAGUCACCUUAGAGGAAGGAAAACUGGAUCCUGUCGCGUACAGGGUGCGGUUUACUCCUCAUCACCGCACCGGGGACAGAUGGUGCAUCUACCCCACGUACGAUUACACCCACUGCCUCUGCGAUAGUCGCGAAAACAUCUCCCAUUCGCUCUGCACUAAGGAAUUUCAAUCCAGGCGUUCCAGUUAUUAUUGGCUAUGCAACGCCCUCAACAUCUAUUGCCCCGUCCAGUGGGAGUAUGGUAGGCUGAACGUUAACUACACAGUGGUCUCGAAGAGGAAAAUCGCUAAGCUAAUAGACGAGGGCAUAGUUAAAAAUUGGGACGAUCCCAGACUGUUCACGUUGACCGCUUUGAGGAGACGGGGUUUCCCGCCGGAUGCCAUAAAUAAUUUCUGUGCCCAACUGGGCGUCACCGGAGCCCAAAGCACUGUCGAUCCCUCCAUGCUGGAAGCUUUUGUGAGAGAUCACUUGAAUAAUAGCGCACCGAGACGUAUGGUAGUUUUAGAACCGUUAAAGAUCAUGAUUGAAAACUACCCCCAUAAAGGUCCCAUCAAAGUGUCGGUGCCAAAUUUUCCCAGCAAGCCCGAUUUAGGAAAUCACGACGUUACUUUUAAUAAAGUCUUAUACAUCGAAGAAACCGACUUUAUGGAGAAAGGUGACAAAGGGUACCGCCGAUUAACCAGAACCCAAUCUGUAGGUUUGCGUCACGCUGGAUUUGUGUUAGAAGUUAAAGACGUGAAAAAAGACGCUUCCAAUCAAGUUACCGAAGUUAUUUGCCGCUGCGUUGAGGUUGAGAAAGUUCCGGCUAAACCUAAGGCUUUUAUUCACUGGGUUAGUGAUCCUGAGGAAGUCGAAGUUCGACUCUAUUCAUCUUUGUUCAAACAUAAAAAUCCUGAAGAUUCUAAUGAAGUGCCUGGAGGAUUUCUAACGGAUUGCAAUCUCGACUCUCUGAAAGUUUUAAGAAGCUUCGCCGAUAAGUCUAUUGGUACCGCGAAGGUCUUCGACAAGUUCCAGUUUGAGAGGAUUGGAUUUUUUUCUGUGGAUCCGGAUUCUCGUAAUAACAAGCUGGUUUUCAAUCAGACUGUCGGUCUCAAAGAGGAUGCUGGAAAGUAGCAGUUUACCAUUUUUUAAUUUAUUAUGAGAUUUGUGUGUUGCUUUUACUAAUAAAUUUAUAUCGUUUUAUAUCCAGAGAA